AUGAAGCAGCACGCGCGCCGCCGCACGGCCUUCCCCGCCACGCCCUACGUGCUGCACGCCAUCCUCCACAGGUACCCCCACGUGGCGAAGAGCGAGUUGCCGUCAUGGCGGGGCUUGGUAACCGCGGGGAUGGUGGCAGAGCCGACGACAUUACCGAGCCCUCGAGCAAAACCGGCCAUACAAUGCAAACCGAAACAAGCAAAGUCUGAAGUGCGCCAGAAGCAUUCUAGCAUGGCUCCAAGAAAACAUUCCGAGGCCGAUGAUAGGUUAGGAAGGAAAGACGACGUACAUGUCAAAUCUAAAGAUGAACUUACUGCUGAUAAAAUUACUGCUCCUGAUCGAACACUUGUUAGUUCUAACAAUAAAGAAAAACCUCAUUGUGUUAAUACAGACAAUAUCCAUCAAAGCAAAAAAAUCUGUAGAAAAGAAAUUGAUAAAACAGAUAUAAAACUAAAACCAGAGAUAAUUGAAAUAGACGAUGAUACUCCGAGUCCCAAAGCAGAUGUUGUAGAAGCGAUGAAAGAUAUAGACUUGAAUAAUGUCGACGCAAUGAUUGUAUAUGAAAGCGACGAGGACGUUAAAACUAUAUUUGAUGUGCAAAUGGGCAAUGCUGAUAAAAAUGCAGAUAUUUUUAGAAAUGAAGAAAACACGGGAAAUGUUAAAAAUCUUCAUGAAAUAGCAGGACAAACAAAAUACAAAAUAUUUACUGAUUGCAAAAUUGAAAGGGAUAUAGACGGUGACAAUGUAAUGCCAUUUGAACAAAAUGAAGAUGAUUCUUUAAAACCGGCUAAGGCUAAUGACAAUAACAAUAUAGAUGACUCUGAAGAAAACUCGACGAAUAUAGUAAUAUCAAAAGUUUGGAGUGAAAGAGAUGUUCAAAAAGCCAGUUUUCAUAAUAAUGCAGAGAUUUUUAGAAAUGACGGCAGUGAUAGUACUGAUGGUGACAGUGACCCUAUAAGUGUUGGAAAUGUCGACUAUUAUUCAUACUACUACUAUAGGCGAGUACUAGCGAAAUAUUUGGAGAUUUCGGACUUAUUAGAUCUCAAACUGUUGAAGCGUCCAGUAGUCUCAUUGCAAAGACUCGACUUAAAAUCCAUCAACAAAUCGUCACCGAGUCAAAAACCUCAAAAAACCACAGGACCUUCCACCGAAUUCUAUGAAAAGAACAAAGCACUUUUGAAACAAUGCAAGGCUUGCGAGGUAUCUUUAGCAAGGGUAGAUGGAAAGGGUAGAAAGACGAGAAAGGUGAAAUUACCGGAUAUAGAGAAAGUGCGUAAAGAUAAUAGAUGUAUAUUGACAGCGGAGGUGGCGCCUCUAGUGGCAGAAGCAGAAACACUAAGAGUUAUUCGACAAUAUCGUCCCGCCCGAACCAAGCGACUCCUAAAUACGAUCGACAACAACCAAUCUGUGUUACCAAAAAUACCAGUCCUCGGUUCAUCUGAAUCAACAGCGAAAACUCAUGCCCUAUCAAGUACUCCUUGUCAGAACUCUUCAAUCGACCAGCAGCUCCGGCAACAUGGUUUAAUAAAUCAUUCUGACUCCUACUUGCCGUCUCAAGAUAGGAAUUUGUUUCAAGAUUGUCAAAAUAAUUUGCAGAAAGAUGGACAAAUAAGGAAUUUAAAUGUUGCUUUCAAUUCCAUCUCGAAUCUGAUGCUAGAAACAGAAUCAGAACAAAAUUUACACACGGGCCCGGAAUCACAAGAUGUAUCAACAAAGAAUAUGACAACCAAAAAUAUAGAGACACAAAAUUGGCCUGAAAACAUGUUUGACACGUGCCGAGUUUCAACAGUCACGCCGAUACCAAAACCUUCGACGAUGUUAACACCCAAAUCGGCACCAUCGCCGAAACAUUCAGUUGAUCCCGUGUCGAAACCAUCAGCACUGAUACCGAACCCGCCGAUAAAGAUAACCAAACCUGUACUCACGUCGAAACUACCAGUGCUGAUACCGAAUCCGCCGAUCAGGUUACCCAGACCUGGAUCCACGCCGAUACCAGCCGCGCCGGUGCCGCUACCAACCCUGCCCACGCUAACACCCAAACCAGAGCCCACGCCGGAACCAUCCUCGUUAGUACCAAAUCCACCGAUUGUCAUACUCACACCUGAACUCGAGCCGGCAUUGGUAACACCCAAACCUAAACUCGCGCUUAAAUUAGCCGUACCGGUCCCGCCGAUCACAUUCGCACAAAUACCUGAACCCGUGCCGAUACCAUUACCGCAGACACUAAUAUCCAAACCUAAACCCGCGCUGAAAUCUUUCGUACCGGUACCUAACCUGCUGCCGUUAACACCCAAACUGGAACCAUUCACGCCGGUACAAUACCCGCCGGAAAUGUAUACAUCCAAACUGGAACCCACGCCAGCACCAGACCAGCCGAUCACACCUAAAUCUGAACCCACGGCGGAACCUUUCGCGCAGAUACUAAUCUCGCCGACAAUGUUAACACCCAAACUUGAACCCAUUUUAGAACCGUUUGCAUCGACACCAAGCUAUUCAACCGAUUUAGACCAAAUAUGUUCAAUAUAUAGCGAUACCUACUCACCAACACGGUAUAUAGUGGACGUAAAUAAGUUAAAAAAAAAACAAUCCAUUCCAUCAAAAUUCACGCCUAUACUACAAACAUCAACUCUUUUAAAUCCAACGUUAAACUCUUUCUUAACACAAUCGGCGCCGAUACCAGAUACGCCAACAUCGCCCGAAGUCACCUUGAAACCAUCUCGUAAAACAUGCGUGAAAAAAUCCACGAAAAAACCGUGUAAGAAAAAACCGUGUAAGAAAAAACCGUGUAAGAAAAAACCGUGUAAGAAAAAACCGUGUAAGAAACAACCGUGUAAGAAAAAACCGAUAAAACCGUUUAUUUUAGAAUUUGCACUAAAACGAUCCGGGGACCAAGUGAUAUUGAAACCGCUAUCCACAAAAAAAACAAAGGAUACAGUGCGAGAGAAAGGACCGUGGCGGAUGGAACACGACUCGUUUGACCAAACAGUGCGAGAGAAAGGACCGUGGCGGAUGGAACACGACUCGUUUGACCAAACAGUGCGAGAGAAAGGACCGUGGCGGAUGGAACACAACUCGUUUGACCAAUCAGUGCGAGAGAAAGGACCGUGGCGGAUGGAACACGACUCGUUUGACCAAACAGUGCGAGAGAAAGGACCGUGGCGGAUGGAACACGACUCGUUUGACCAAUCAGUGCGAGAGAAAGGACCGUGGCGGAUGGAACACGACUCGUUUGACCAAUCAGAGCUUGACAUGGACAUGACUUUUGCAGAAGCUUAUUACCAUUUGUAUAGAGAAGACAAGUCUUUUGAGAGAUCCGUACCCUUAUUAAAUUUGUUAUAACGUUAUAACGUCUCUAUUUUUUACAAGUUUGCAUGCUUUUAUUUGUACGUAUUGUGUACGGUUUUCUACGGUUUCAACUGUGGUUACUCAUAGAGUACGUCUAGCAUAGCUUGCCCUGUCAAUCCCUAGAAUUGUGUAAUUUUUUUUUUUUUUAAUGCCCUGGAUGCCAGCCCUCUAAGCCAAAUCUCAUAGAAAAAACCGGCCAAGUGCGAGUCGGACUCGCGUUCCAAGGGUUCCGUACAUUACACAAUUUAAACAAUGUUUUUUUAAGUGAAAUGUCUAAAAACCCGCAGAGGUCGGAUCAAAAACUAAGUAAUUAAGUCCGACUCACGCUUGACUGCACAUUUCUAAUAGGUUUUCCGGUGAUUUAUAGGUACAG